AUGAGCCGCAACGCCAGGGGAUCAGCGCGAUCGUCGCCAGCCAAGAACUUUGAUGCUGCCAUCCUCAAAGCCUUCCAAAAGUUCCGAGAGCCAGAGGCGAACAACGAUGAUGAGGCGUACAUUGGCGUAGAUGGACUGGAGAAGCUGUGCGACGAGAUGGGCAUCGAUCCGCUGUCGCGAGUGCUCAUCCUACUCCAGAAGGAGUGCGGCUGCGCGACUAUGGGAGAGAUCACACAAAACGAAUUCCUCACCGGAAUGAAGACUCUGGGCUUCGACGAUGAUGAAUUCGCGCUGAAGAAGGUCGGCACCAAGCUCAAGAACAGUGACCGCGCUCUGGGUCACUCCUCAGCCACCUCGGGCAAAGGCGCCAAGUCCUCCUCUUCUUCAACAACGCCCGAAUUCGCUGAGCUCUACAAGUACACGUUCGAAUUGUGCCGCGAAUCUAAGAUGAAGAAGGUCAUCGACAAGAGCAUCGCACUGGGCAUGUUCCAGCUGGUGCUGGGCGACAGCAAGCUGCACCACGUCACGCCCCUCUGCACGUAUCUCGAAGCUAAGACCGAUGUGAACGCUAUCAACGCGGAUCAGUGGUCCUGCAUGCUCGAAUUCGUCACGACCAUGGCGCCCGAUUUCUCCAACUACUCUGAAGAUGAGGCGUGGCCUGUCAUGCUCGACGACUACGUUGCCGACGCUCGACGAAAAGACUGA